AUUGCCUUCUGCUGUCCAUCAUGGCGGCUACUGUACAGAGGGUUUGCAGAGCAGGUCUUUUAAAAUCUAAUUCUGGAAUUAUUAGAAAUCAGGUUUCGAACUUCGCCAGCGCGAGUUGGACCAGAGGUCGUAAAACGUUAUAUGUGACGCUGGGUGUGAUCACCGGUGGGGCUGGCUCUCUGCUGUUUGCUCUCGACCGGUCGGUGAAGGCGUCCGAUCUCGAGCUGCACUCGCCCAAGCUACCGUGGAGCCACAGAGGAUACUUUUCAUCCCUAGAUCAUGCCAGCAUUCGCAGAGGCUACGAAGUGUACAAGCAAGUGUGUGCGGCGUGCCACAGCCUCCGGUUCAUAGCGUACCGCAACCUGGUGGGCGUGUCCCACACGGAGACGGAAGCCAAGGCGGAGGCCGCUGAGGUGAUGGUGAAAGAUGGCCCCAAUGAACUGGGAGAGUACUUCAUGAGGCCGGGAAAGCUGUCUGACUACGUCCCCAGCCCGUACGAGAACGAGGAGGCAGCCCGUGCCGCCAACAACGGAGCCUAUCCGCCAGACCUGAGCUACAUCACGCUAGCUCGUCACGGCGGCGAGGACUACAUUUUCCACUUGCUGACGGGUUACUGCGACCCUCCAGCCGGAGCAGUGAUCAGAGAAGGACAGUACUACAACCCGUACUUCGUCGGAGGAGCUAUAAGCAUGGCUCAGGCGCUGUAUAAUGAGGUGAUCGAGUACCCCGACGGGACCCCGGCCACGGCCAGCCAGUUGGCCAAGGACGUGUCCACGUUCCUGAAGUGGUGCGCAGAGCCCGAACACGACGAGAGAAAGCACAAACUAAUCAAGUCCAUAAUGAUCUUCUCUCUGCUUCUGGCGGUGGUGUACUACAUGAAGCGCCACAAGUGGUCCGUGGUGAAGAGUCGUAAGCUGGCUUUCAAGCCCCGCUCGUGAACCUGUUAGGCAAGUGGCGUGUAGUCAGUGGAGCAUUAAGUUUGUUAUCAAAGACUAUAAGGUGUACAUUUGUUUUAACGUGAAAUACACUAUGUACAUACAG